CACCAUUUGACAAGAGGCACAGCAUACAUUGACAAUAGGAGUCUACAACUAGACGAUUUUCAUGGUUAGGUCAUAGGUGUGGUGUACGAACAAGUCACUGAGACAAUCCUUCGUCCAAAUCAUAUCUUCAUCCUUAAACAUCAGUCCAAAUCCUCCAUUUUUAUCGGCUCAAAGACUCAGUCGUAACUCUCUAGAUCACGGCUGCCAUCUGUAAAAGAGAUCAAAUCUCCCAAUCCGGAAAAAAUGGAGGAGGCUAAGGCUGCUUUAGCGCAGCGUCAACAACUUAUGCUACAACAACAGCAGCAGCAGCAGCAACAACAACAACAACUGUAUCUUAUGCAACAAUUCCAACAACAACAACUACAAAGGCAACAACAACAAGCCGCCAUGGCUCGAUUUCCGUCCAACAUUGAUGCUCACUUACGACCUCUAGGAAUUGCUAAUCGUCCUUUGAAUCUACCUCUUAAUCAAAAUCAAAAUCAAAACCCUAACCCUAAUUCUAACUCUGUUCAUCAUUUACAUCAACAACAAAACCCUAGCUCCGGUCCUCAACCGCAACAACAAUCUAAUUUGCAGCAGAAGCUCAUGAAUAGGGCUCCCUCGCAGCAACAGCAACAGCAGCCGAGUUCAGGUCCAGUUCCUGGUAAUCAAGCGGAAAUUCAGAUGGCUUAUCAGGAUGCUUGGCGUGUGUGCCAUCCUGAUUUUAAACGCCCUUUUACUUCUCUUGAAGAUGCUUGUGAAAGGCUGCUUCCAUAUCAUGUCAUUGCGGAUUAUGAAGCAGAAGAAGAUGAUAGAAUUCUUGAUUCUGAUACUACUGGGCAGAUACUCUCACGUUCCCAGCAAUGGGAUCACAACAUUGCUGCUAAAGUAGCUGAGUUCACAUCUACCUUUGAGAAACAGGCAUUGGCUUUUAACAUAAUAACUCGAAAGCGGGCCAUGGGAGAAUUUCGCUCAGAGGAGAGAUUGAUGAUUGAGCAAGCUCUGUUACAAGAAGAAAAACGAGUCUUUAUGGAAGUUCGGGCAGAAAUGGAAUCAAGAGCUGGCCAUGAAGCUAAGUUGCGAAUGGCAGCCAUGCAAGCUGAGCAAGCUCGUGCUGAAUCACAGGCACAUGCAGAAAUGAUGGCUCGAGCUCCAAUUAGGGCUAAUGCUCUUGGGUCACAAGGAAAUGAUGGAUCGAUAAACCAAGAACUGACCGACCACGAGCAAGCAAGUGUCCCUGACGAGAUGAAUAAUGGAUGGGGCAAUAAUGCACAGAGAACAGAGAGAGAACCGUCAGAUGAUUUCUUGAAUGAUGAGGAGGCAGAAAAUGGAGAUGCAAGAAUGCAAGAGUGGCGUGAAAGUGCAGAGUUCGAUCUAAAUUCUCGAUGAUAUGUUGCAUGUUGCCGCUGGCGGUUCUAGGUGCUGAAAUAGAUGUAGGUCUUGUCCUGAACACAAGCUAGGUCUCUGGGAGGACUGGCCUUUGAAGUGAAAGCUGUUUGCCUGCUGUUGCUUAAUCGUCGUUUGGAAUUGUGUGUUGAUGUAUGGCAGAAUCAGUCUCAGAUAGGAGAAGUGUACUAGUAGCACUGUAAAGAUGUUUUAUUUAUUAGUUUGGAGUACCUUUAUGUAACUGCAUACCCUUGUAUAACAUUAGACACUAAGAACGAACCAUAUGGAUGAAUGAUGGGUGGAAAUGGGCGAAACCUCUUUUUCCUCGGCUAUUAGAAUCUUAAAAUGAGUUGGACAAGUCGGUUAAAUUAUUCA